CAGUCCAAUCUAUACGGAAGAAACAAUGAGAUCCUAUUUGCUUGGUGCCGUCGUUUUUGCUUUGAGUUUGGCGAACGUGGAGUCGAUCAUAGGAGGGACGAAUACCAAGAUCAGCAACUUUCCCUUUUACGCUUCAAUUCGCAUGUACCCCAACAAGUACAGUUGUGGUGCGUCGAUCAUUGGCAAACAGUGGGUGAUAACGGCGGCUCAGUGCGUCUAUGGCCUUGACCGCAGGAGUCUCUUUGUGGCAGUUGGAACCGAUUCCUUGAACCGAAUCGGCGCUAGUUACGCGGUCGACCGAAUUGACAUCCACCCCUACUUUAACCGCAUAACCAAGGCCAAUGAUACGGCCCUGGUCCGGCUAACCAGAAACAUCGUUUUCAACCAGAACGUUUCCUCGAUACUUCUGGCGUCGGACAUUAUCUCCACCGGAAAGACCCUGGUGCUGGUUGGUCACGGCGCAACAUCGUAUCCGUUCAAAAACCCGUCGAGCAAUCUCACUAUGAUUGUAACGAGGUCAAUUGACAUCGCCCAGUGCGGCACGAUUCUCCGUCAAAAACUCACCAAAUCCUAUCUGUGCACGUUAGCCAAGUCGUUUAGAGGUGCAUGCGUCGGUGACGUCGGCAGUCCACUGGUUAGCCGAGGUGGAAGUUUCGGGUCUAGGAAACUUUACGGUGUCUUAUCGUUGGAUCAGUCGUGCGCCCGCGGUGGCCAACCCGAUGUUUACUCGUCAAUUACUGACGCAAGGCCAUGGAUUCUUCGAAAUACUGGCUUGUGAGGUGCCCGAUAAAA